UAUGUCCAUUAAGCUAAAGGUAUUGCGAUAGUGUUAACCAAAGAGGCAAAGACCUCUGUUUUAUCAAACGACAGAACUAGAAGAAGAAGAAGGAAUGCUGCGAUCGUCCUCAAGUUAGAAUUCGACUUCACAGUUGAAGCAAAGCAUUCUCUUCUUCAACUCAAAAAUGAUCAUUUUUUCCUAUCAGUUGAUUCUCUUUUUCGUCUUCUUUCUCUGUUAUCUAUCCAAUGGAGAAGCAAAACCAGUUGGGUAUGGCUACAGAAUUCAAUCUGCUGGAAUUGAUGCCUCUGGAAAGUUGAAAGCCGAUCUUCAUCUCAUUAAGAAUUCCUCCUCUUUUGGUCCUGACCUUCAAAAUCUAAACCUGAUCGCCAGCUUCGAGUCAAAAGAUCGCUUGAGGAUUCGCAUAGCAGAUUCCAAUAAGCAAAGAUGGGAAAUCCCUCAAGAUAUAAUUCCCCGCCAAAAUGUUGACUUUGCAGUGAACCAUAUCAGUUCAUUGGAAAACCAGUUUAUUUCAGAUUCCAACUCCGACCUCAUCUUUACUCUCUACAACACCACGCCCUUCGGCUUCUCCGUUGCCCGUCGUUCCUCCGGCGAUGUUAUUUUCAAUGCCUCGCCGGACCCUUCAGAUUCUAGUACCUUUCUUGUUUUCAAGGACCAAUAUAUCCAGCUUUCCUCAUCCCUUCCUAAAAACAGGUCUUCCCUGUAUGGCCUUGGUGAGCACACCAAGAAGUCGUUUAUGUUGGUACCAGGUGAUCAGACGCAUACUCUAUGGAAUUCUGACAUUGGCAGUGCGAUUGUCGAUUUAAAUCUUUAUGGGUCCCACCCAUUUUACAUCGACGUCAGGUCGCCAUCGCCGGACGGUAAGUUUGCAGCAGGGACCAGUCACGGGGUUUUGCUGUUUAAUAGUAAUGGUAUGGACAUAGCUUAUGGAGGGGAUAAAAUCAGUUAUAAGGUAAUUGGUGGACUUAUUGAUUUAUACAUUUUUGCUGGGCCUUCGCCGGAGUUGGUAAUUCAACAAUAUACACAGCUCAUCGGCCGGCCGGCCCCUAUGCCUUAUUGGUCCUUUGGAUUUCAUCAAUGCAGGUGGGGUUACCAGAACGUUUCUGAUGUAGAAGGGGUGGUUGCUGGCUAUGCAAAAGCCGGUAUUCCUCUUGAAGUAAUCUGGACAGAUAUUGAUUACAUGGAUGGAUUCAAGGAUUUCACUCUUGAUCCUGUCAACUUUCCAUUGGAAAAGAUGAAGAAUUUUGUUGACACCCUUCAUCAAAAUGGUCAGAAAUAUGUGCUCAUCUUGGAUCCUGGUAUCAGUGUAAACUCUACAUAUGCGACUUACAUUAGAGGGAUGGAGGCUGAUAUCUUCAUUAAACAUGGUGGCAUUCCUUACAUGGGGAGGGUCUGGCCUGGAUCAGUCUACUUCCCCGACUUUCUAAAUCCGGGUGGUAGAGAGUUCUGGAGAAAUGAGAUCAAAAGGUUUCGAGAUCUUAUCCCCUUUGAUGGUCUCUGGCUUGACAUGAAUGAGAUAUCCAACUUCAUAGAUCCUUCUCCCACACCUUUCUCUAAACUUGAUGAUCCUCCGUACAAGAUCAACAUUGCUGGCGUUCGACGACCUAUUAACAACAAAACCAUCCCAGCAACAUCUGUACAUUAUGGAGACAUUGUGGAGUACAAUGUUCAUAACCUUUAUGGUUUAUUGGAAUCAAAAACCACCAAUGCAGCUCUAAUCAAUGUGACUGAUAAAAGGCCUUUCAUUCUUUCUAGAUCAACUUUUAUUGGCUCUGGCAAGUACACAGCACAUUGGACUGGAGACAAUGCUGCCCAAUGGGAUGAUUUAGCUUACUCUAUUCCAUCUAUACUGAAUUUUGGAUUGUUUGGAAUUCCAAUGGUUGGUGCUGACAUAUGUGGCUUUUCUGGGGACACGACUGAGGAGCUCUGUCGUCGUUGGAUUCAGCUAGGUGCAUUUUACCCCUUUGCAAGAGACCAUUCAGCAAAAGACAAAAAGCGUCAAGAGCUUUAUCUAUGGGAUUCUGUUGCAGCAACAGCUAAGAAGGUGCUUGGUCUCCGAUACCAAUUACUUCCUUACUUCUACACACUGAUGUAUGAGGCACACACUAAAGGGACUCCAAUAGCUCGGCCUCUGUUCUUCUCAUUCCCUCAAGACAUCAGGACUUACGAAAUCAGCUCUCAGUUUCUAAUUGGCAAAGGUGUGAUGGUGUCACCUGUGCUAAAGCCAGGAGCAGUAUCAGUUGAUGCAUACAUCCCGGCUGGAAAUUGGUUCGACCUUUUUAACUACUCACAUUCACUUAGUGCAGAUACAGGAAAGUACAUGAAACUUGAUGCUCCAGCAGAUCAUAUAAAUGUGCAUGUUCAUGAAGGUAACAUUUUGGCCUUACAAGGAGAAGCCAUGACAGCAAAAGAAGCUAGAAGGACACCAUUCCAUCUGCUAGUGGUUAUUAGCAGCAGAGAAAACAGUAGUGGAGAAGUUUUCUUAGAUGAUGGAGAGAGUGUGAAAAUGGGAGGAGAGGGAGGGAAGUGGAGCUUGGUGAAAUUUCAUGGUGGGAUGGUAGGGCAUAUAGCCAUGGUCGGAUCAAGCAUCAUUAAUGGAGAAUUUGCAACGAGUAAAAAAUGGAUCAUAGGUAAUGUGACAUUUAUAGGAUUAAAAAAUGCCAAGGAGUUGAAAGGGUAUGAAUUGCAUACAAAAAAUGAAACAAAAAAUGGAAAUUCAGAUGUAAGGGCAAGCUUUGAUAGCAAUAGACAGAUUGCUUCCUUGGAGAUUUUGGGCUUUUCUUUGUUUCUUGGAGAGGAAUUCCAGUUAGAGCUCAAAUUUAGCUUGUAAGAAAUGAUUCUCUGUUGUUCAGCAAUAAUUUUAAAUAGAACAAUUCUGUUAUGAAUGAAUAAAAACAAUAAUGAUUGAUCUUUA